AUGAAGGGGGUCUCGCGCGUUCAGGAGUUUGAGCUCACGUGGGUCGUGUACGACCCGACGGAUCCGCUGGGCGCCCUAUUGGCGCUCUUUACGCUGUCUCCCAUCUUCCUGAUGAUUGCGUACGUCACAGUCGUCGCAUCGCAAAGAGACCUAGAUAGCAUCAGUAUGCUCGCUGGGCAGCUUGUGGGUGUCGUGGUGAACAAAGUGCUGAAAAAAGUGAUCAACCAGCCGCGCCCAGAAAGUGCGUUCAUGCGUGGACCAGGAAUGCCAUCGGCGCAUUCUCAAUUCAUGGGCUUCUUCGCAGCUUAUGUCGUAAUCUACACGUGGAAGAGACUGAACUCACGGAGACGACUAGAGCAAUGGUUCACGAUAUCGAGCGUGAUCAUGACGUCGUGUUUGACCUGCUACUCGCGUAUCCACUUGAGUUACCACUCUACGGACCAAGUCAUAGCUGGCGCGGUCGUCGGUGUGCUAACUGGGGUUGGCUGGUACACUUUGGUCGCCGCGGUCUCUCCGUGGCUGUUUCCUAUGGUGGCUGAAUCGCGCCUUGCAAAGGUCUUCUUCGUGCGCGACAUCUCGCACAUCCCGGACUUGACUAUCUACCAAUACGAAAAAAACAGCAUCAAAGCCAACGGAACCUUUUCGGCGAAGAAGGUUCAGUAG